AUGAGGCCCUUCUGGGGGCCCCCCUCCUUCAGCUUCUCUUCUCACACCGCAGCAAGACUCUUAACUAAGAGGGCCCAGCGCUUCUUUACUAGUUGCUUACCCGAUAGAGAGCCUACAAGGGGGCCCCCCCAUGGAGGGGCCCCCCCAGUAGAAGGGGCCCCUGAUGGGGGCCCCCCCCGCAUUAACAAGCGUUCCCUAAGAGGGGCCCCUGUGCAGGAGGCCCCUUCUCAGGGGGCCCCUGGUAUGGGGGUUUCAUCUGGGGGCCCCCCUACUCCUGGAGGUUUCUUAUAUGAAUCUGAAGGCCUUAGUUCCUCUAAAGUGAGGGGGGCCCCUAUAGAAGAAAAUUACACCCUAGAGGAGCAGCACCGUCUCUUUAGCGACGAGUUUAAUGAGGCCCCUGCACCUAUUGAUGAGUUUGGAGCUCCUUCUUAUAGGCCUUCUGUCAAGGCAGACCUGCGAAGGGGCCCCAGGGGGGCCCCCAAGGGGGCCCCCGUGGGGGAAAAUAAGGGGGAACUUAUGGGGGCCCCCCUUGGGGGCCCCAGGGGGGCCCCCGCCCUUGGGAAGUCCCCACAGUUCGGGAAGCCGCGCUUUAAUGUGAGGGGCUUGCAGGAUGAGGAGGCCCUGCACCAACCUUCUCUGUGGCAGCAGCUGCUGCAGCAAGAGAAGGAGAGACGCAUGCAGAGACAGGCUCAAACAGCUCGUCGGACAACCCGAGUGUUAGCUGCUGCUGCUGCUUCUGCUGCUAGUGGUGGUGCUGCUGCUGCUGGUACUGGAGCUUGGGGGCCCUCUCUGGGGCCCUCUAGCGCUGUUGAAGGCAAGGGCCCCUCACUAGGACCUCCUUCAUCUGCGACGGAGACAGCAGAGACACCCCAGGCAGCAGCAAGGGGGGCCCUCCCUGAUUGGAGAGACCUCUCAGGUCUUCAGGCGAGCUGGGAGGUAUCAGCAGAGAUAACGCAUUCACAAACCAGCUCAAACGAGGCAAUGCAGCAACAAAAGGGGGCCCCCGGGGGGGCCCCCGAGACCCUGGGGGCCCCAGAAGGCCCUCCACUGCCUCCAGACCCAUUCCAAGAUGACCCAGAUCUCGAUCCCGUAUCCGGAGGGGGCCCCCCUGAGGGGCCCCCUGUGGGGCCCCUGCAGGAUCGUGAGGGGCCUCUUGAUGUGCGGCUUGGGGGGCCCCUUGGGGGCCCUUUAGAUGGCCGCCCAGCAGCUGGAGAGGGUUCUGAGGCGGAGUUGAUAGAGACAGAAAGCCCCAUUGCUAGGGCAACGCAUGCAGCAGGGAUGCCGCGGGGUGUAUGGGAGCGGCUGUCUCCUCAGCACCUGCAUACGCAGCAGCAGCUGCUGAGAGCGAAGACCCCAGAGGCUGUACUUGAGGCUGUUGCUGCUGCAGCAGGAGCCGUUGGGGGCCCCUUUGCUGUGGGGCCCCCCGGUGUCUCCUUCAUGCCCAGCACCAAGGAGGCCCACUCACCUUCUCGUGCCUCUGACGCAGACGCAAGCGCAGCUCCUGCUGCUGCUGCUGCUGCUGCUCGGCUGUCUCGGGUGUUUGGUCUGGAUUGGGUGAAUGCAGCAACGGCGGUGCAUAGGCUGGGGCGCCUGGUGUCUCCUCCUUCGCGGGCCUCUCUGUCUCUAGACUCACGCUUUGUGCUGCUGCUGCAAGCUGCACAAGCUGCUGUCCCUUUGCUUGAUGCCCAGGGGGCCUCCAACAUGUUGUGGGGCCUCACUCGUCUCGAGCAGCCUCCUCAAUGGCUGCCGGAGUUGCUGCUGCGCUGCAGCCAGCUGUCUCCUCAGCUGUCUCCCCACCAGGUAGCUACCUGUCUCUAUUGUCUUUCACUAAUACCUGGGGGCCUCUCUUCUCCUGAGGGGAGGGCCCUUUAUGGGGCCCUUUUGGGGGCGGCACUUCGGGUGUCUCCUCAGCUGCAGCGGCCCCUGGACCUUACCUGCAUUUGCUGCUCCUUGAGUAGGUUAAAGGUAAGGGAGGCCCCCCUUUGGGGGGCCCUGGUUGUGCGCGCGAAGGGCCUGCUGCAGCAGCUGUCUGUCUCCGAGUUGGCUUCUGUCUCCUGGGCGUUUGCUGCUGCUGGCGUUGUAGACAAGGGCCUUUUUGCUGCAGUGCAGCGCCGUGUGGAGACAGAAGGAGACACUUGCUCCUCAGGAGACCUUGUUCAGUUUGCCUGGGCCUUCUCUAGGGCCCUUAAGGACCCCCAAGACCUUUUUGAUUAUACUCUGACUCCCCUAAUCAGAAGCUGUCUCCCCAACCUCAACGCCAGACAACUCGCUACCCUUGCCUCAGCAUACGCACAAGCAGGAAUAGAAGAUAUGGAUUUUCUUGGGGACCUGAGUCUAACUUUGCUGCCUCAUUUGUCUGGUUUGGGGCCUCAGCAGCUGGCUGCUGUCUCUGCUGCAUUUGCUGUAUUAGGGUACAGCAACGAGGAGUUUGUUAAUGCCCUUGCGCAGAAGGUUGUUUUAUCUUUACCUGCCUUCUCCGCUAGACAGCUGGCGAAGGCGGUGUAUGGCUUAGGGACUGCGGGGUGUACAGACACCAGGGCUCUGGAUUGCUGCUGCACUGCUCUGCAGCAGCGGCUACAUGCACUGUCUCCUGGGGCUAUCACUCAAGCCCUUAUGGGCCUCUACGAAGCAGAGUAUUUGUCUCAUCGUGGAGUGCCUCUGCUGCUGACAGCAGUGGGGAAGAAGGUGGAGUUUCUGUUUGCUGAGGAUUGUGUGCAGCUGCUGCUGCUGCUGAGCAAGGUCCCUGCUGCAUCAGCAGGACAGCACCAGCAGCUGCAGCAGCAGCUGCAGCAGCAACUGCACAAAAAGCUACGCAGCCACUGGUGCUUAGACUGCCGCAGCCUCUGCGAUCUGCUGCAGGCGCUGCUGCUGCUGCGGCUGCAGGACCCUCAGCUGCUGGAGCUAACAAUGAGGCGGUUGGCUUUCUUGCUGCAGGGGGCUUCCUCUAGGGAGUUUUUGCGGCUGUUGGGCUGCUUUGCUGCACUGCAGCAGGAAGAGAGGCUGCUGCUGAGGACCCAUAUCCAUAGACGUCUUAAGAUACAAGCUGCGGUGUCUACGCAGCUGCAGCAGAUUGCUGCAGUGCAGCUCGAUGCUGACUCCACUGCUGCUCUCCUCUUCGCCUGCGCACAAAUUGGAUUCGCCGAUGAGGCCCUCCUCAAAAUGGCUGAUGGGCUGCAGCACAAGUUGGAGACAGAGGGGGAGGUGCUCUCACUGCCGUCUCUUUGUCAUCUUCUUUGGGCCGCUACAGAAAUACACUUCAGCCUCGGCUGGACUCGGAGUGUUCUGCGCUACUUCUUGACGCGCCGCUAUGGGGCGAAGGAGACAGCAGCCGCAGCAGCAGCAGCAACACCAUCAGCAGCAGCAGGUGCUGCUGCUGAUGCUGCUGAUGCUGCUGAUGCUGCUGCUGCUCCGGCUUCAGAGGCCCCUGUCUCCUUCCUAGCAGAAGACGAGAGAGACGCCUUCUGCGAGGCCAAUGGCCUCGGGCCCUACAGAGGCGGAGAGGUCCUCCCUCCAGGCCUAGGUCAGGGGGCCCCACAGGGGGCCCCCCACGAACAGAAAGAUAUCGGUGCUGUGGGUGGGGCCCCCGAAGCUGUAACGCUGGCUGAGAGUCUGUUGAGGGCAGCCUUUGCGUGCAUCUCCCUCGGCGAGGAGCAGUACCUGCUGCCUCUCCUAGAAGAAGUUGCCAGUCUGUACGGGGAUCGAUUACCACUGGAUCUGCUGCCGGCGCAGCAGGUUUGUCUGCACUUCUUGCGAUUUGCAGGGCCCUCUGUAGGGGGGCCCCCCUCUAUGCAGCUAAAGGAUUGGAUGGCUUCAGUCUUGAGGGCCCCCCGUUAUGAUGUCUUCUACAAGGGGGGCCCCCGCAAUAAGUAUGGUCUUGGUGGCAGUCGCAUGCGCGUUAAGGAUUAUAACUAUGAUGCAUGGCUAUCCGAACCUCUCAUUCAGGACCUGUUGGCUCCCUCUGGCAAACCGACGGCAACAGCGGAGCUGCGGCAGCGCCAGCUGACGUUUUUAGUGCAUCUGAAGGCCCUUUACUCCGCUGUUGUGGAUCGCAACCUCCGCAGUUUUGUCGCUAAGAUUGCAGCAGCCUGCUGCCCCCAAGCAGAAGCUUUCGCCUCCUUCUCACCGCAGCAGCAGCAGCAACAACAACAUCAGCAGCAGCAACAGCAGCAGCAGCAGGGUGGGGGAACGGGAACGGCCUCCUCUGUAAGCGCUUUAUUGGGGGCAGAUUCCCUCGAGGCGCUGCCUUCUCUUCAAGGAGGGCGAUUUGAGCCUUUUGAGCUCGUAGAUGACGUUGAAGAAGAAAAAGGAGACAGCCAUCUUCGGGUGUGUAGGGGGCCCCUGCGCGGGGUGUCUGCUGCUAGUGGGCCCCCAGCCAGCCCCAGGGGGCGGCCCCCAAGAAGCAUGCAAGAGGGAGGUAGCCUUGGUGGUGGAGCACCCGGAGAGGAGACAGCUGAGGAGACAGCAGAAAUGCGGGAGGCCCUCGCUGCAGAUGCAGAGGGGGCUCUUGCUGCUCUCGAGGCAUUGCAGCAAACCUAUGGCUUGAAUAAUAGCCAGUGA